AUGGCUGCAACGACAGAGCAAGAAAAAGAAGGCUCGCCUGUAGCUAAAGUGCCUCGACUAGAUAUGAAGCAAGCAUUUAGGAUAAACCCAAUACUACAUUAUGAUAUUGAACGGAUUGAAACACCAUUAGAACAAUUUUAUGUAGUAGAGUUACAGAACAAGAAAGACAUUGGCAAGAUACUAACAUUUGCACCAGAAAUAGAUACUGCUUUCAAUCAUUUGAAAAGGGUAGAUAAAACAGGGAGGGUUUUGAUACAAUCAGCAGAAUCAAGACUAGAAAAUGAUGUCAGAGAAUCUUUACUGAGUAAAUCAGAAGGUUCACGAAUAGAAGUAGCUUCGGUUCCCAAGUUGAAACCCAUUACUCGGAGACAAUUCGACUGGGCGAAACAGUAUUGGUCAACUUCUUUCCAUCCCAACAAGGAGACAGAAGAGUUAUUAGACGGAGGAUAUUUUUGCUAUGAAAAGUCGAAUUAUGUGAGAAAAUGGAUUAAUGUUGCUAAUGAUGCUGGCUGUGUUGUGGUGCAGAACGGACAAGAACUUGCGAGAGGAUCACAGGGAACCAAACUACUUUCACACCCUGUCAUGAAUAUGGUGGAAAUGCUCGCCAAAAUGGAAAGAGAGCAAAAUGAUUACUUGGCAACAGGAUGUGAUGUGUUCCUUCGUAAAGAACCAUGUGCCAUGUGUUCGAUGGCACUCGUACAUUCUAGAGCACAUCAGGUGUUUUUUAUUGAAGAACAACCAAGAGGAACUUUAGCCAAAGGUCAUUGGCAGUUGCAUUUGGAACCAAGUAUUAACCAUCAUUAUAAAGUUUUUCAAGUAGAACUUUGA